GCUUCUCUCUCUGCCAGGCGUGCGUUGCGGUUCAUCCCGGAAAAGCUUCACUUCCUCCUGCCACCACCUCGCGCGACACCCUCCGACUUCGUCGCCCUCCAGCUUCUUCCCACCACCACCCAAUUGAUCACCCCGUGUCUCUCAAGAGACACCCCGAUCCUCAAGAUGCGUCCCACGAUGGCUCUGCGCGGCGGCGGCGAGUCCCCGCUCGGCAAGCACGGCCACUACCUCGGCGGCUGGGGCAACUUUGGCGGCAUGAAGCAGAAGGGCAUCAUCACCUACGCCGUCUCUCCAAACAAGCAGAACGUCCUCGCCGGCACCGCCAACGCUGCCGUUUUCAACACAUGGCGCCGGUUCAGCAAGCAGGUCCUCUACUGGGCCCCCCCGCUCGUUGCCUUCUACUACGCCAUGGAGUGGGCCACCCACCGAAACCACUACCUGAACUCCAAGGCUGGCCGUGCCGAGUACGCCGAUGAGGAAUAAACUGUUUUCAACAAUGCAAAGCACUGAUUUUUUUGUGAUAUAAUGCUACGAAGUGGAUCCGCACGUCCAAAGAGAGGAUCCGGGAGGGAGGAGAAAUGAGGACAACAAGGACGCUUCCGCUCCCAUGGGAAAGGCGCGGAGAGCUUGAAAAUGGCUACGGCCAUUAUGUACAUCAAUAGAUAUCGGCCAAAAGCCGUUUUGUGCAUCAAAUGACAUCAUUACCUUUC